GGCACGUCCUGCACGUGCCGCCUGUGAGUCCGUGUGUCCUCAGUAGAGAGCGCCCGCGGGUCACUGACAGUCAGCUGGUGCAAACGUCACAUGACUCCAGCAUGGAUCUCCACCAGAGACCUGAACGGACGCUCGCCCUGAUGGGGAAACGAGAAUCCCGGAGUGUGUGUUUGGAAUAAGCGGAGCGCGAGCAUGCCUACGCUGCUGCAGAAGCUCCUCGGCAAGAGAGCCGUCGGUAACGACAGCCCCCGGGACUGCUGUACGGCGACGGAGCAAUGUUGGGCAUCUGCUGAGUUUGAUCUAGCUCAGAUCAGGUUGAUAGUGUAUCAAGACUGUGAGAGAAGAGGGCGCCAGGUUCUCUUUGACUCCAAAGCAAUACACAAACUGGACACAUCCGAGCCGACUGCUGAUGAAACCAAAACCCCCCCGAACCGGAGUGGUGCUUACCAUAUCGGCAGUCAAGCAGGCGAGAAAGACAAGCCUCCUUCAUAUCAGUAUACCAGACCAGCUCCAGAUGUGACCAUGCUCGGAGAAAUGAUGUUUGGCUCAGUUUCCAUGAGUUAUAAGGGUUCAACGCUUAAAAUUCACCACAUCCGGUCUCCACCGCAGCUGAUGGUCAGUAAGGUUUUUUCAACCCGGUCUGGAAGCAGCACUUCUGAAAGUACAAAUCCGCUACAAGACAGUUUUGAGUCGAUGAGCCAAACUUUUCCUAGUCACACCAGCAGCAUAGGAGUUUGCCGCGUGCCUAGCGCUCCUCUGCCCUGCCUGGCUCGGAGCGCGUCUUUCUUUGCAGCCCACAGUAAUCCAGUGGACAUGCCAAGCAGAGGACACAGUGAGGACGGGGACAGUGGCAUUGCUCGCUCAGCAUCUCUGAGCAGUUUGUUGGCCACUCCCCUACCAUCACCUGGCUCCUCCUUCAGUAGUGGUUUGUCCAGCAGUUACCAACGCCGAUGGCUCCGUAGCCAGGCCACCAGUCUUCAGCAUGGCCCCGUGCCUCGCUGGAACACUGAAGAAAUGUUCAACUUGUCUGACGAGAGCUGCACCUCCAACCCUACGAUGAUCCGGAGGAAGAAGAUUUCCAUCAGCAUUAUCAUCAGCCUCCCGGAAAGAGAGGAGGAAAACCACAAUUUCCAGGAGUUUUUCUUCUCACACUUUCCUCUGUUUGAGUCUCACAUGAACAGACUCAAGGCCGCCAUCGAGAGGGCUAUGAUUGUGUGCAGAAGGAUAGCAGAGUCCAGUCAGCGAGUGCAGGUCUAUCUGUGUCGAGUGAUGGAAGCACUGGGAGAAUUCAGGAUGACGGUGUGGAACCUGUACAUGGCUCCCCGCAUCAGCGAGCCAGUCUGGCUUUCCAUGAUAUCGCAAAGUACAGAGCGAAGCCUACUGUGUCAGCGCUUCCUGAAGGAGAUGAGUUUGCUGAUGGAACAUGGAGCCAAGAGCCAGUUUCUCUCAGCUCUCCUUACUGCUGUUCUCACACAUCACUUAGCCUGGGUUCCCACAGUGAUGCCCAGCAACCUGCCGCCAAUCAAAUCUGCCUGUCAGAAACCAGCCUCCCAGACAGUGGACCAGUUGGCUAAAUCUCACCCGUACAACCCACUGUGGGCUCAGUUAGGUGAUCUGUAUGGUGCUUUGGGCUCUCCUGUGAGAGUGUGUCGAACGGUGGUUGUGGGACGCAGGAGGGAACUGGUUCAGCGAGUCUUGUAUGUUCUGUCCUACUUCAUUCGCUGCUCAGACCUGCAGGAACAUGUGCAACCACAGAUGGACAAUCCAGCCUGUCCCUGCACCUCUCAAACCACUGAUCCCACCCCUGAAAAACCAGACCCAUUAAAGCCUACUGCUUGUGUUAUUGGAACGAGUGAAAAAGCACUGAACUCAGACUUGGGUAAUGCUAUUCCAGGCACCUCAGUAGAACAAAACCAUGAGAUACUUUUGACUGAUACUAAAUCAACCAGUCCAUCCCCCAGUGUGGACUCGACCACUGUCAGGCCUGAAUUUACAGAAAUGGCACAGGAAUGUUUCGGAGAAGACAGUGACUCUGUUGGAGACGGAUUAGAGCACAUUUUGGCCAAUCAGAGUCCUCUUUUGCAUCGGGUGCAGUUUCACAUUGGCAGUCCCAGUGAGAUGGCGAAUUACGGACAACCCGGUGGUCUGACUGGGGCAGGGUGUGGACACGGACUGGACAGGAAGUUGCAUCAAAGGCUUUUGAGUGACAUACAGAGGAACGAGAGUUCAGAUAGUGCACUAGGUGACAGUGGUGAUGAGGAAGCAUUGCUUCGAGAACUGUACAUGACUACAGAACAAAACGAGUACGAGUUACCUCUACCAAGUUGUCUGGUAGAGAGUCGAGCCAAUGUUAAUCAUUUUGGGCGUUCUUUGCUGGGUGGGUACUGUCCUCAGUACAUGCCUGACUUUGCCUUGCAUGGAAUCAGUUCUGAUCUCAGGCUCAAACAGUGCCUCAUGGCUGACCUCGAACACACUGUUCUCCAUCCGUCGCUGGAUGAACCAGUGGCUGAGGCUCUAUGUAUCGUGGCGGAUACAGAUCGAUUGAGUGUGCAAGUGGUGACGAGUCAAAAGCGCAUGUGCGAGGGCGGGCGGUUGGGCAGGGACGUGAUGGUGUCCAACCUCGUACACACGCUCAUCACAUCAGUUCUGCAGCUUUAUGCGCUCAACAUCGCCUCCGACUUUUGUGUGAUGCAUCUGGAAGACCGGUUACAAGAGGUGUAUUUUAAGAGUCGAUCCUUAGCAGAAUAUCUGAGGGGACAAACCAGGGUCCAUGUGAAAGAACUGGGUUUGACACUUGGGAUUGAGUCCAGUGACAUUCCAUUGGUUGCCGCAGUGGCCAGCACACACUCGCCCUACGUGGCCCAGAUCCUUCUUUAAAUAGACCAUGCAAGAUUUAUUACACUUUUAGGACCAAUCGAAAUGUGUUCCUGUUCUGCGUGGACCAGCAAGGAUCUGACCACUAUCAGAUGACCACACCAAUCAUGAUGCACUGUGCUCGACAACCAAUCAGAGCCUACACCCAGCCUUAAUAUGCCAAUCAGAAUGCCUCGUUUGUCCAGCUGACUGUCUAUUCGGUGUAUGUACGUACAAAUGUGUAUGCUUUAAUCUCAGAAAGAUGAGAACGUUUACAGAAAGGGGGAAGAGGUAGAUCGGAGUGUGAUAUUAAACUGUUACUGUUCAUCACUGGUCAGUCCACAGAUCGUGGAUUACAGUAUUAAUCUGGUGCUACUAUUGUGUCAAAGGCUUACUAAAGAACACGCACACUUUUGCGCUCUGUCCUUGUGAAUGCUUUGUUUCUUUUAGUGGUGUAUUGCACUGAAAGACAAGUGUCACAGCAAUAGAACCCCAGGUUUGUGACACUAGAAAUAAAAUACAUUUACAUUUUUUUUUUUAAUUGUUCCACUUUAAAGACAUAGAGAAAGAUGGUUAUUUUUGAUAUUUUCAAAGAAUAUUCUACCUCAAGUAAAAGAUCUGAAAGUGGCCUGUUGUGAAUUUAUGGGAUUGAUUAGUCAGUAUUAUAUCAAGAAUGCAGUGUGCAGAUAUCGUCAUUGAGUAUAUACUUAGAAGCUGCAUUUCGGAUUGAAACAAGCCUGUUUUUCAUGUCUCUAGUGUAUUUCUGUACUAAAAGUAAAUGUAAAAUUGUCUUGCAUUUUUAUAAUUUUUUUAUCGAGGUUGAACUUUUAACACUAAGGUUUUGCCACUUUCAGUAGUCUCUUGUUUUCCUUUUGGUCUGUUUUGUGCAUGGUGUUUACACGUAUGGUUGAAUGCAGUUGUCUAUGACAACAGGAAUAAAUUAAAUAAAUUGUCAAGAACUUGAUAACUCUGUA